AUGGCUCCAGAAAACAAUCACGGCCAUGAUACUGAAGUCAUUUCCUUGAGGAAUGUCCGCCCGGCAGUCUCGUCUCGCCGCAGACUACAGAAUAGAGAAGCUCAGCGCAGAUAUCGAGAAAAGACUGGAAGGAGAAAUCCGGUAGUGCAGCGUCCACGUACUGAAGCAGAACGUGACAUAACACCAAAUAUUCGGUCUGAACGAGGCUCUAAAGUGCUUGCAAAGACCCGAACUGGGGAUCAACGGACUUACCCCCAGGAGCGGAUACAGGUUCCUUCUGCUGCUUCAACUCCUACUAGUACGCCUGAUCAACAGGUCAGUCCCCCUUACCGGCUCGGCAACGGAGUAGGGCAUUCCGAUCCGCAUUCGACACAUGAUGCAGACACGGAAGGGUCUGAAACACGAGAGCCAACGGAGCCCGUCUUGCACUUGGCCGUCCGCACCGGGAAGACCGCUAUAGUUGGUAUGCUUAUCAGCUAUGACGCAGCGAAAUGGAGCGAUCGUGACAGGAACGGCGCUACGGCAUUACAUAUCGCUACAGAGCUAGGAGACGAACGUAUGGUUGCAUGUCUACUGCAGUUCGGUGCUGAUACCACCGUACGUGAUGAUCGGGGACAGGAUGUUCUUUAUACAGCAGUAUCGGCUGGGCAUACGAGUAUUGUAAAGCUCAUUCUGGAUAGGCGUAGGGCUGGCUACGAUGCUCCAUUUGUGUAUGAGCCUGACUAA